UCUCUCUCUCUCUCUCACACACCUUCAAAUUCCCAUUCCGUUCCCGCCUUUAUUUGCAAUCCUCGAGUUUCCAUUUUCCUUCUCUUCUUCUCUCACACUGAGCCAUUCCUUCCUCUCAAACUCGAAACGCAUGCCGUUUCCGCAGAUUCCGACGACGAUGACCUAGACGCCGUUUCAUCUCCGAGCGGAAGCAAAAAUGAAGAUCAACAAAGCCUGCGAUCUUAACUCCAUCUCUGUCUUUCCUCCUCCUCUCGUUUAUCCUAGGAAAGCGAACAAUAUAUCGAGUGGAUUGCAAGCGUCUCACUCUCAGCAUCGCUCGCAGCCAUCUCAGCAGUCGCUUUCUCAGGGACUUUCGUCUCAGCACGGAGUGCUGUCGCAUUUCUCCCAAAACUCUCUCGACGAGGCCGUCACGACUAACGAUCAGAGAGUUGGUUCUCAAGAACAUGAGAACUCUUUGAGGAGGAUUUCUAGCUUGUCCCGACCUACAUAUUCACGGGAAGAGAGUCAAGCACCUAACUCAAGAUCUUCAUCCAAUCUAAUGCUCAAAUGGAAUUCUGCAGAUCAUAAAACAGGUCAGUUAAGUGAAGGACUUGAACACCGAAUUGGCAUAAUGGAAACUUCAUUGAGCAGGUUCACAAUGAUCUUGGAUUCUGUUCAAAGUGACGUAAUGCAAGUAAACAAAGGAACAAAGGAAAUUAUUUUGGAGGUGGAAUGCAUAAGGCAGAAGUUGAUUGCUCAGGAUAACUCACUUCAGUUAAUGACUAAAGGACAAGAAGAAAUUAAAGCAAUCAUUGAAAGGAGCUUGAAAUCUUUAGCUGAACAAAUGAGCCAUGUUUCAAAGAAAGAGAAGUUACAGGAUGUAUAUUUGGCAGUUUCUGCGUUACCUCAGCUAAUUGAAGCCUCUCUGCAAAAUGUACAAAAUGAUCUCCGUAACAUCACCAAGGAAAUGCAGGAAAUUUCUUGCAAUCUAAAAAGUGUCAACCAAAAGGAUCUGGUGCCGACCAGUUUGUCUUCGAAGAGUACUAGCAAACAGAUUACCACACCGAAAAUGCGUCAGCCUCUUGCUAAUGAGGCGAAGGUGAGUAUACAAGCCACUGUAGCUCCAGAGGUGGAAAGCGGAGGCUGGAAGCCAGUAAAAAAAGAAAGAGUCACUUUUUCAGAUAGAACUUCUGAGAAGGUGCAGAAGAAAAAAGAACCACACACUCAGAAGUAUAUAAGGGGAGGUAGAGACUGUGCUAUUGUCAUUGAAUCUGAUGAGGAGAUUGAUGGAGGUUUUUCCUGCUUGGUCCAAGAAAACGCAGGAGUAAACCUUCUUGGCAACUUGACCAAGGAAGCACUGGAAGAAACUGAGCGAAUUUUGCGGAAAGCAAGGAGGCGCAAGAGGAAAAGUAUUUUUUAAUACUAUAAUAACAAUAGAGUGAAGGCCCUUUAAAAAAAACAACAAUAUAGUGAAGGAGGAAUUUGAUACUUUCAGAUGCAGAAGGAAAAACCCCGGGCUAAAAUUUGGAUAAAAGUUAUGGAACUUUUGGUAUUUUCCCUAAUAAAGUGAAAUCUCACCUUAGUAUAAAUCUUUGUUAUACAGAUACUACUCAUUUUUAACUUUAAUUAGAAAUAGUAUCAAAACCACGUAUUAAACUGUAUCCAAGUUUAUCUUUUAAGAAAUUAUUCGUUUUUAUUUGGUUUGUUAA